CAUAGAUUGGACACAAAACAGAAUAUUACCAGUAUGAUCACACUACACUGAUAUCACAUCAUUUCUCAUUUUGCACAUUGCAUAUUUUUAUUAUAUUUAUAUUUUUUAUAAUAUUUUUGUAAAUAUUAUGUUUUAAAUAUUCUCUGUUUAUAUUUAAGCUAUCUGAUCCACAGUACAUAUUUUUUCUUCUUACUAUGUUUAUUGUCAUGCACCAAAACAAAUUCCUCGUAUGUGAAAACCUACUUGGCAAUAAAUUCUUAUUUUUCUGUUCCAUGUUUGUCACAAUGAGUUGAAAUAGUGGGACUUCUUUAUAUUUAUAUUGUCAUACAAUCCUGCAUAGAGUGCCUCAUCCUUAGGUAUUGGUUGGUUGGUGGGGCUCGGUUUGAGUAGCUUAAUACAACCAAUGCUAUAGAUAGAAACAAGAAAAUUUAAAUGAAAUUGUUCUCUAAAAAAAGCUAUGGAUGAAAAAUAUAAGUUUCAGAUUUUCAAUCAUACUUUUGUGGAUGCAUGCUGUGAGACAUGAGUGCACAGGGAAGGAUGUACUUCACUUCUGGUUUAUAGUUACAUUACACUCUAAGCACAUAACUUGUAUAUAACCAUUCAGUGCACACGGAUCAUAGCAAGAUGCAUUAAUACCUAAAUUUAACAUGCAACAACAACAACAACAACAACAAAAAAAAAAUCAUGUUGCUUGUGUGUCUUUAUGUCAAAUAUCCUUCAAGGAUGAUGUGGUCAAAUCUCUUCUAACUGGGGAAAACUGUGAGUGAUUUCAAUGUUUGACAUUUUUUUGUCAGUUACACCUGCACUCCAUUUAUUUGACAGGACUAUUUUAAAUGUACUUUGAAUUUUGUUUUUUCUUUUUCAUUUUCAGUAGUCCACAUUCAUUUUUACUGCAAUCUGAUAACUACCAAAAAGUUUGUAUACCAAUGAAUAUACCAAAUUAGAUACAUGGUGGAUGUCCCAAUUCUCCUUUCGUUUAUUUGAGCGACCCCGAACCGCCUACCGUGUUCAUGCGCGCACACCGGCUUGUUGGUGGUGAUGUGGUUCGCUUUAGCCCGUCUGCUUCCUCUGGAGCAUCAAACGCGAGAAAAUGGUUCGCGCAUGCAAGUUUCCUAAUUGCAAUAACAAAAUGAAAAGAUACACGCCGUGCAGUUUUCACCGGCUUCCACUCAACGACAAACAGAGGCUCAAGUUGUGGCUAGCUGCUCUUCAAAUAAACCCCGACACAAGUGUAAAGCAACUACGUGAGGCGGACUAUCGAGUAUGUAGUGAACAUUUCGAGAGGGAGGACUAUGUACAGCGCGUCGGACCAGAACCACCCAAACAGUUCUUCCUGAAACCCACAGCUGUUCCCAGAGUAGUGAAGCCCGAUGCGGAAGCAGAGCUGCAGGACAACUGGGCAGCAAUGGACAGACCACCAGGCCGGUUCAGAAGCACAGGCAUUCAAGUACCUGAGAUGUGCCCUGCAACCAUGGAGAAACCAAUUCCACAGCACAUAGUUGAUGAGGAGGCUAUCCUGCAGCUGAUGAAGAGCUGUCCAAUGUGCAACAAAAAGUGCCGCUGUAGCAAACACACUCGCGGCCCUUACUUCAUAGUCUACCAGAGCUGCUACUUCUGUGAUUAUCAGCGCAAGUGGGCCAGUCAGCCCGAAGCUAAAAAUAUGAACAUUCAUAAGGCGCACACGCCGCCCAAGAAGAAACUUCAGGCAAAGGACAAGGUAUCCGUAAAUGCCUAGGCUAAGUCAUCACAGUUUAAUUAGAGAGUCUGAAUCCCACAAACCACUGAAGACCUGAGGAACAUUCUCAACUCUGUUUUAGAUGGACAGUAACUGACUAAUAUGAAUCUGGAUCUGGGCAUCAACUUAGCUUCAGAUGUGCCUUGAGGUGGAUCAUCAUUAUGUAGAAGGAGAUGUUUGGUGGCAGCAAACAAUUCUGUAAAUUUGCUGUAUAGUUGUAGCUUCAGCCCAAAGUAAAAACAUUCAAGGAACACAAGAGGAGACAAACAUGGUUUCGCACGCUGGUAGUGAGAAACACUGCACUGGUAAGGUACCAUUGUGCUGUGGAAACAACCAUUUUGAAUACUAAACACAAUUAUAGUAUUUAGAAAAAUAAUAGUCCAAGCAUGAGUGAAUGCAAGACAUGACUGAUGGAAA